AUGGCGCGGAUAAACAAGCAGAAAGCAUGCAUAGCCUGCACGGAAUCCAAACGCCGUUGCGACAAGGGCUUUCCCUCGUGCUCCCGCUGCGAGGAUCGGGACGUUGACUGCCACUACCCGCCCGCCAAAAGACGGCGUCGAUACCCCCCCCAACACCCCACGCCGCUUGGCGGCUGCGGAAAUAUCUUGGAACCAGACCUAAACACAACGGGAGCAGCAGACAUAUUCACUCUAGACGCCGGCCCCCUCUCCGUCGGCUUAUGGAACGCACCAUGGACAGACCUCCCCAUCCUUCCAGACUUCCCUACCACAACUCACAACCCACAACCACCAUCCGCAAGCCAUCCGCAGGACGCACGCACGGAAUCCCAAACCAACACCGACACAAACACAGCCAUCCGAAAAGCAACAGUCAACGACCUGGAUAAAAGCAGAUGGUUCAUCGCCCCCUCGACGUGGCGCAUCGACCGCUGGCCAACCUACAGACGCAACGCAUACCCGACCUCGGUCCUGACAAAUUUCACCCGCGGCCUCCAAUCGUGGGUCCGCCGCUGGGUUCUCGACGGCCACAACCCCUUCAUCCACCGCAGCCUCUACGCAGAAGGCAACUACUUCCCCCUCUGCCUCCAAGACGCGCUCACCUCGGCGUCACUGUACCACCACAAGACGCCCCAAAACGAAGUCUUCGUCCACCGCAUCCUCGACGAAAGAGUAGCGGCAAUGAUGGCUUCCUCUUCCCAGCCCACCACCACCUCGCCGCAGCUAGAAACACGAGACCACCUAGCGAGAGUCCAGGCGCUCUUCGUGUACACAGUCAUCCGCCUCUUCGACGGCUCCGUGACCCAGCGCGCAGCAGCAGAAGACCAUCUCCCCACGUUGUCAAAAUGGUGCGACCAGCUCUGGGAGUCGGUGGUCCUGGACGCGGACGCGCUCUCCAAGAACAUGGUCCCCAAUUCGAAGCACUGUCCAGGCUCAGCAGCAAAAUCCUCCCGGUGUAACACGAACGACGCGGUCACCGGCGCCGCCGGCAGUAUCCGCGACGACGACAACGGCACGUACGACUCGGACCUGGCGACCUGGGACCUGUGGGUCAUCACCGAGUCCAUCCGUCGCACGUGGCUCAUCGUGACGUGUACCAUCGGCGUCUACGGCACUCUCAAGGGAGAAUGGUCCGAGUGUCCCGGAGGUGCCAUCUUCACGGCGCGGGCGGGGUUAUGGGACGCGCCGUCCGCGCCGAGGUGGGCGGCCAUGUGCCGGAAAGUCGCCGCUUCCUCGGGGACCGCAUGUGGACAGGACGGUAACAGCAGCGGGAGUAGCAGAACGACUUGUGACGGGAGGUUCUUCAUCCCGUCGUUCGAUUCCGAUUCGUUGCUUAUGAGCGCGGCGGCUAUUGAGGUGGAUGAGUUUGCUCGGCAUUUGUUUACUAUCAUUUGGGGACUUGAUAGGGUCGAGAGCUGGGCUUUGCAGACGGCGUCUUUGGGAGAGGUCAGUUUGGUUUAUUGA